AAUUCUCAAUAAUUUACAUUUCACAUACAAUAUUUGACACAAAAAAUAUAAGCACUGUACUGCUAUAUAUCAACUUAUAAAUUUUAUGAAAACAGAAAUGUUGAUUUUUGUAUUUAGUAUGUGGAAGUAACAGGAAUAUAUAGCAUUAAUUUUGGUACAUUUUAAAGAAUAUAACCUAAACUUUAUAUCUUGAAUACAUAUCGAUGUAAGGUAUUUUAUUAGUAUGGCAGCUUUAAUGAAGAAAAGAGUUUUAGCAGAGUUUAACCAAAGUCAGGUUAUAACUGAACCACCAUUAAAAAGACUAAAAACAUUACGUCUUGCCGCUACUGCUGGUAGCAGUAAAAAUGGAACAGAGGGGAGUUCAGCAUUAGCUUAUAUAGAAUGUCUUGAGAAAAGUAAAUGUGGCAAUGAUGCUUUGCAGCUUCUUGUUCGUAUAUCUGAUACUAUCGCAUACAUUUCUCCAGAAGAUGUUCCUUCAGUAGUAAAAAAGUUGUCAGAAAGAUUUACUAUAGAAACUGAAGCUGCAGUCCGUGCAAAAAUACUUUGGAUUUUUGCAGAACUAGGAGAAGUUACAAAUGAUUCAACAGAAAAGACAAGAAUCGUUACUGAAACUUCUGAACUUUUAAGAAAUGAAGAAUCACAUAGAGUAAAAAGUCAAGGUUUAGCAACAUUGUUAAAAUUAGGGGACUAUCAUAGGACACUUGUAUUAAAAAUUGCUCGUGAGCAUUUGUUGGAUACUUGGCAUGGUGUACAAACACGUUGCCUUUCUAUCAUUGGCAGAUACUUAACUGCAAAUGCCACAGAUGAUACUUUAAUUUUUGUUGGCAAUUAUGCACGUUCUCAAGAUCCUAGAGUACGUGCCCAAGCAUUUGAAACAAUGGCUGAGCUGCAUUCACAUAGGGGUUGUCGACUACCGGCAAGCUUCUUCGGAGAAGCUUGUGCUGCGCUUCGCGACGAUUACGAAAUAGUUCGUCGAACUGUUCUUAAAUUAAUAUGGCUCUUAGGGAGAGAAUAUCCUGAAAACAUUAUUGUAGGAGCAGAUGGAGAAGAUAUACGUAUGGUCGAUUGUGCAUUUUCUCAAAUAUGCGGUCUUAUGGGUGAUUUGUCAGCAAGAGUUAGAGCUUCUGCAAUGUCCUUACUUGGAACAAUGAAAGGUGUAUCACAGCGAUACAUAGAGCAAGCAUUAGAUAAAAAACAGAAGGUUGUAGAAACAGAUAGACCAGAAGUAGAAGAAAAGAGUGGGUCUUGUGGUGCAUUUAUUCAUGGUUUAGAAGAUGAAUUUUUAGAGGUAAGAACAGCAGCAGUUGAGGCUCUCUGUACAUUAUCUCUGGAGCAGCCAAAUAUAGCCAGAAUUUCCUUAGAUUUUAUGGUUGACAUGUUCAACGAUGAAAUUCAAGAUGUAAGAUUGCGUGCUAUCGAGUCAUUAAGAAAAAUGUCGGCAAGCGUUACGCUUCGUGAAGAUCAAUUAGAAACAAUUCUGGGAGCACUAGAAGAUUUUUCGGGCGAAGUGCGAGAAGGUUUGCACGCUACUUUAGCUGCUAGCCGUCUUGCUACAAGAAAUUGUCUUCACAUGUGUGUAAAUCGUCUUCUUGACAAUUUGAGUCGCUAUCCACAAGACAAAGAAAGUAUCAGAAACUGUUUAGCAGCAUUAGGAGCUUCGCAUCCAUAUCUAACGUUACCAUUAGUGCCACAACUUCUUGGACGGCACCCCUUUUUCGAUACACCGGAACCAGAUGUCGAUGAACCGUCCUAUGCAAGCGUUCUAGUACUAAUAUUUAAUGCCGCAUUGCAUUGUCCGAGUAUGCAUGCAUUGUUUACAGAGCAUGCAUCGAAACAUUAUCAUUAUUUACGCGAUACUAUGCCGCAUCUGGUUCCUCGUUUACGACCAACUGUAACCAGUGGACCUGGCUUCGGAAAUGAAGAUAAAAUUGACGAUGAAGCAGAACGUGGAAAAGAAUUUUUAGAAAAAGUGGUCACAGGCGUGGAAAAUGCAAGACCUGGUGGGCGAGUUCAUACGCAACUUUUAGAAGCUGCAGCCAUUGAUCUUGAUCGUUUAGCAGAAAUGGAUCAUCGGAUGGAGGGAGCUGCACGUUUCACUGUUCUUUAUAUACGAUGCUUAUUACUUCUGAAAUCCGUAUUGAAAGAGUUCUCGAUAUCGUCAGCGAAUUCAGUAUCGACGAGUCCUUUACCGAAUACAACCACUAACGUUUCAGUCUUGCUUCAAAACACUCAAAAAUUGCAACGACUAUUCAGUGGAUUGAAUGAAAAUGAAAUCAUAUUAGCCAAUGACGUGUGGUUAAAAGCACUAGCGAUAGAAUUGAUUCGAGUAACAAGAAGCGUAACAGGAAGAAGUGCGCUUCCGCUCGCGCGUCAUUUUUUGUCCGAAGCUGAUACCCUACCUCAAGACACGUCCAAGUUGCCAUCCUUUUCUAGAUCUCUUGUACUUCAGAUUCCUACCUUAGCCGACGUUAAACCAGGAUCCUUAACUCGGUUGUUGUUACCGUUGCUUUUGACACCGGUAUCGCAAGGCGAAGAAAGACUUCCUAGACCAUCGGUGUCUACUAGAUUUUGUAGAGCGAUUAUUGAAGAACCUAGAGGCGACGCAGAUGCCGCAUUGAAAUUUACGGGCGGACUUCUAUUAGGAAUCCCGUUAACGGCAAAAAUAUUAAAUUUACGAGAUCCGAGUAUAUUACGUAUAAAAUUGAGACAUCCCGAUCAACAAAUACAACUAUUAUUACCGCGUCAAUCGGAUUUACGAUUGCAAAAUACAGAGCAGAAUGAUUAUAGAUUAAAAACCACGGUACUGCUUUCCCAUCAAGUUUGGAUGGAAGCUUGCAACGUCGAAAUAUCUCUAGCACUUUUUGUACCGUCUUCAGCUAUGUGUACACACUCGCCCCUUGACGAUCCGUGUGUCAUUGAUCUUUGCAAACCAACUAAAGUAUCAAUUGCACCAAAACCUAUAAAAAGGGGUAUCUAACUAUAUUUUUAUAUAACGCUAUA